AUGCGACAAUCCGGCGAAUGGUCUAUAACUCGAUCAAUGUUCAAAGCAGCCAUAUUACUUUCACGCAAAUAUAAUAUGACAUUUAACGGACAAUGUCUCGGAUGGCAAGAAGUACUUGCAGAAAAUGAGAUAAGUGUAUUGUCAAGCACAUGCGAAAAAGUGGCAUCAAAUAAUAUUGUUGGUAUGAUUGGAUCAGCAUCUUCUAACGAAGUUCGUGUGGUAUCACCAUUUCCAUUUCUUAUGAAUAUUCCAAUGGUUAGUUACUCUGCUACAAGUCUUGAUCUAUCAGAUAUAAACAGAAACGAAGCGUUUUAUCGUGUAGUUCCGUCUGAUCAUUUUGCUGCAUUUGUCAUAUCAAAAUUAUUUCAACAAUUCAACUGGUCAUCAGUCAGUGUUAUCAUUCAAAAUGAUGAUUAUGGUUAUGGUGGCCUAAAAGUGUUGAAAGAGAAAUUUUAUUCAGCGUCGAUACAGAUAAUAAAUCAGUUAGAAUUCGAUAAAAAGACUGACAAUUUUAUAGCGAUCAAUAAUUGGGCACAGAUUCUAUCAAUAUCAUCAUGUCGGAUUGUGCUUGUAUGGGCAACUAGAAAUGUAACGUAUUCAAUUCUGAAACAUGCUCAAAAGAAGAAUAUGACUUCUGAUUUUGUGUGGAUUUUAACAAAUGAUGUUCCUAUAGAUCACUUCAAUCAGUCUGAAAAAGAAAGAUUAGCUGGAAUUCUAACAGUAAUACGCGUCCCCGGAGCUUUAGUCGAUGUUGCUAUAAAUUCAUCAUUAUUAACAGAUGCAAAAGAAAUUUGUGACAAAAUCAAUAAUCAUAGUUGUUCAGUUAAUCAUGAAGUUAAUAAUUAUGCUUUGUUUGCUUUCGAUGCAACAUGGGCACUUAUUCUUGCACUACAUAAACAUUGCAAUCAGCAUAAUCAUUGCUUGGCAUUUGAGAAAAAUGUUACCAACUGUUUCGACGUUAGAUAUAACAGUGGAAUACAGUAUCAGCACAUACUACGUGAAAAUACUACGUUCCUGGGUGUAACUGGACCUGUUCAAUUCCACAAGAAUUCUACUGAUCGUUUGAGAGGAGCUUACUAUCUUGUCAAAAAUCUUCAGAGAACAGGAAACACUAACUACUAUGGUUACGUGCCGGUAAUGAAAUGGAGCGGCACUGGUACUUGGUUAAAUCAUUCUCAUUCCUCCAGAAUUGUGUGGCUUAAUGAUGAGUCAAAACCACUGCCAAAAGAUUAUGCACUUAUUUCAGGACAAAAACUAAAAAUAGUCGUUCUUGAAUCGCCUCCUUUUGUCAUUCUUAAAAAUUCAUCAUUAGUACCUAACCAGUCAGAUGAAAAUCUAUAUCAAGGUUAUUCCAUCGAUUUCAUCAAAACAUUAGCAGACAAAAUGCAGUUUACAUAUGAAAUUAUAGUGGCCGAACCGAAUGUUACCUAUAAUGAUUUAGUAUUUUGUGUGUCUAAUAAUAUUUAUCAUAUAGCAGUUGCUGAUCUUACUAUCACAUCAACGAGAACGGAUCUUGUCGAUUUUUCAACAACUUUUCUUGAAAAUGCUUUACGUGUCGUUAUACGUCGAUCUGACACAACUCGGUUUAAGACACCAGAAUUAUACCAGUUACCUUAUCGCAAUCAAGCUGAUUAUGCAGAUGCACUGGAAUCUCAUCAGAAAGCACUUGAAAUACGGAAAAUUUCGCUUCCACCAAACCACCCUGAUCUUGCAAACUCAUACGAAAAUAUUGGAGAAGUUUAUCGUCAUCAAGGCGAUUAUGCUAAUGCGCUGAAUUCUCAUCAGAAAGCUCUUGAAAUACGGAAAAUCUCACUUCCACCAAACCACCCUGAUCUGACUGUAUGUUACAAUUACAUCGGACUAGUUCAUAGCAAUCAAGAUGAGACACGCGUGGAAUCGCCCGAUAACACUACCGAUACAUCGUACAAUGUAUUGGGCGAUGCAUCGUGGGAUAUAUCGAUCGAUUCACCUGCUUGA